UCCAAGAAGAAGAAUGUUGUUGUCAUGGCGGCGUUUUAAACUACAGCUUUGUCUCUAUGGGCGUUUAAUUGUGUUGUAUUUAUAAAUAAUUAUUGAUCGUAAUGAUCAAUCAAUUGGGAGAACAGGGAGACCAAAUGAGAUUUUAUGAUUGUCACAAAUUCUCGAUUUGGUUUUGUUUUCUAGUUGCUUAUUGGCUGUCUAGUAAGUUGUGUUGUAGGUUGUAGGUUUUAUCUAUAUUUGUGACUUCCGUGUCGAUGGCUACAGAUGAUCAGAGCGGAUCCCCAAUGAGAGCAGUUGGGGACAUAAAGAACUACGUGGAGAAUGGAGCCUGGGUCAAAAAACAGCGGAUCCCUGGACCUCAGACGCAGCUUUUGUUUAAUCUCGCUAUGCCAACCAAUGUCCUGAACCGAACAACUCGAGUAGGUCCUCCAGGUCCUAUUGUGAUCGAGAAGCUUAUGGCUCAUCAGGAAAAGCAGGAUGCUGCUGAGAGCUGUAGUAGCUCCCUACGCCUUUCUGUUCUCUCUGAAGAUCAACUUCAGACUGCAGUGAGACUAGCCCAAAAAGACUUGCGCAGAAAACGACAAGAAUCCAAAAAUAGUCUGUUACACAAGACAAGAUCUCCAAGUCUAGAUAAGAAUAAAAAUGAUGAUCAUCAGAAUGAGCUUUCCCCUAAAUCUAGGCAUAGAACAGGAAGUCCAAAGAGGCAGACAAAACGGUGCACACAGGUACUUGUAUAUACUCCUCAAAAGCUUUUUCAAAGCUCUAUGGCUGAACAUGGACAGUCUCCUCCAACCAGGGACCCUGGACCAAAAGCCAUCAGCAGUGAGCCACAUCUUAGCAAAGAGAUCUAUAAACUACAGAAAGAGCUGGAGACCUAUGUGAAAAGAAUAGAGCAGCUUGUAAAUAAAGGACAAAUAGUGGAGAGUGUGGAGCCAGACGAGAAGCGCAGGAUUGAGAUCCGCCAGCAGGAGCAGGCUGCUCGCUCUGCACGGAUUAUUUACGUUUUACAGCAGCAGGUGAAAGAAAUUCAGCAGGAUUUAGAGAAGUUGCAUUCCCAGAGUGUGAGGCCUACUAAUAAGAGCAGGGCAGUAAACAGGUUGGCAGCGGCUCAUCGAGGGGCAGUUCGAGCCAUGCAGGGGUUUAUUCAGCAGCUGUCAGACCCUGCUGAGAGCAGAGUACCUGUCCAAUGUAAAGAGCUUGGCCAGCUCAUACGCCAGCUCUCACUGUGCUCUGCCAAGUUGGACGUGGGCCAGGGCUCAGCUGUACCAGAAACCACACUGGACAUCCUGCAGAAGUUAGAAAUGCUGGAGUUGGUACUGCGUAAGCAGUAUAGUCUGCAAGAUCAACAUGCACUGAGUAUCUCUCCCGUAAGAGAGAGGACUUCCAGGGUCAGUGGACGCAGCACUUCCCAUUCACGAUUUCCCAAAGCCCAGACAGCCAAAGCCGCUCGCCGACCAAAGAAAUCAUCAGCUCCUAAAAAGAACAGAAGAACAGCAGACCAGCCUUUAAAAGCAGGACAAUUAUUGGAUCAAGAGCGCAAGGAGGUUCUGAAGGUUGGGAUCCAGAACUUGUUGUGCAUGCAGGAAUUGAGAGAGGCAAAGAAUGGGAGCAUGCCAAAAACAGACAUCCCUAAAUCAUCUAGUGGUGCAGCCCAUCAAGACAAGAGCAAGCCAUGUAGUCAUGUUCGGGAUGCUGGCUUCCAGCAGCCCACUGUUUCAUCCAAGCUCAGAGAAAGCCAGUUACCACAGAGAGCGGUAUCAGUGCCAUGGAUCCCAACAUCUCCUCAUUCUCCUGGGAAACACCGCAGAGCUGUGUCCAGCAGACCAGAGCCGAGAUGUCUCUUCUCCCCAAUGAAAGACUCAUCACUGCCCUCAGGUGUACAAGGAAAAAGCCAAAGCAGGGAAAAGACCAGCAGUGAAGACAUCAGAAAUGCCCAGAAUGAGGCCCUCAGGCAAGCCUGGCCGGAUGCAAUAACAGAAAACAGAGAGAGAGAACUAAAUCAUCUCACUAAAGAGGACAUGGGAGCUGUUCAAAUAGUCAGGGCUGUGGCAGGUUCCCCAACACUAAGGACAAAGGGAGCUAUGCACGCAACUAGAGAUACACUCCAACCUCUGCUGGAUUGUGUGCAGACUGCAGUGGGUACCGAUAUAGAGGCCACAGCUGGUGCCAUGCAGGGGGUGAGCUGGGAGCAUGACGCACUACUGCAGAACCCUGUUUUAGAGAAUAUGCUACUGCGCAUGGAGGAGAUAGAGAAAGAUGAGGAGGAAGUGCGGCGCCGUUUUGCUAUGAUUUCUUACUCUGACCCUCUUCUUUGGGAUAUAGACACAGGAACCAAUAGAAAGCAUAAUAAAUCCAGACCUGCAUCUCCACAACCUAUUAGACUGACCAAACCAGCUCAGAGAUGCACCAGUAUAGGAGACAUUGUCUUAAAGAAGCCAGUGGAGACAGGUAUAGGGUCAGAAAGCUCCUUGCUGGAUGAGGAACCUCCUGAUGUUUUUGCCAGUGGUCUAAACACAUUCCAAGCACAAAGGAAAGGUGGGAUUCAGUUGAAUGUUCCCUGCAGCAUUCAGAAGAACGUCCAGAAGUACCAGGGGGAAUAUGAUUCCUACCUGCGCCGGGUUUCCCAUGCAGCAGUAGGCAGUUUUAAACCCUGGACUGUCGCUGAAAGUUUGGCUGAGGAGCUGAUAAUGGAGGCCCUGGCUGAUGUGGCAGCCGAAUUCCAGGAUGUUUGUGAAGAGUAUGCAGAGGCCAUCUUCACCUCAGAGUUUCUUCAGCCAACUCAGCCUCCUUUUGCAUCUGUUUCGUAGCAGGGUAACCAAUAGAAUUAUUUUUUUAUUUUUUUAUUUACCUCAGGAAUAGUAUUUUUUUAGCAUUAAGAUAAUGAAUGUGAAUCAUGCUUGACCCUCACAAUACUCUAUUCUACUUCUUACACUUUUAUUGAAUUUAAAAUUAGCAUACAUUUCCUUUUCCCUAACCCGGUCUAUACCAGAAUACUCAUGCCCAUAUGAAUCAAUGGCCAGGCUCAAGGACACUGGGCCUUUGUUCAUGUUUUUUCCUCCAUGUCUGUCCCUACUGAACUUUAGAUGUUUUAUUGUUAUGUGAUGUUCAUGCUGUUCUUAAGUGGUAUAUGAGAAAAGUGCAUUAAAUUCAUAUAUUGCACAAGGGAGCCAAAGUAGGUGAUAGACAACAUGCUUGAAAUUGAUGACACAUACAGUAAUUGAAGCUAUGAGCCAUUGUUUUAUUGAAUGUGUGUAUAAGUGUGUGGUCUAUAAAAUGUAAGAAAGUUUCGUUUUAAAAACUUUCUCACUGGUGUUAUAUAGACAACUGGGUUAUUCCAAAAUGGCUUCUUUUUCAAAGUUUAAAUACAUAAUACUUUAUUUAUACAUGAAAUAAUGUAUACUACUAAUAUAACUGAAAUAAACCAUUUUUACCAGAGUGAUUUAGCAAUUAGGAUUAUCUGUUCUUUAUUUUGUUUAAUUUGCAGUAAAAUUAUUCAACUAAAAGAUUCACUCAAUAGGAUGUGUUUCUUGGUAGCUGUUUUGCAAGAACCACUAUGGCAACUACACUAAAAAAAGGUUUGUCUUGUUGAACUUUCUGUCUGAUAAUAAUAGUCUUACUCUCUUAAGGAAUAUUUGGGAAUGUAUUGUGACCUGUUUACAGAAAUUGCAAAAGAUUUACCUGGUCCUAAUAUUUUAGCUUCUAUCAGUGUUCAUUUAAAGGUUCAGAGUGAAUUUGAAUGCUGAUGUGCCAUGUGGCCUUGGGUUUAAUGAGUAAGAAGUUUAUUUUGUGUUCAAAUGAUAAAGUAUGUAAAAUAUCACAGCAUCUUUUUUUACUGAUAAAGAAAUUUUGGGUUUCAGAAUUAAAACCUUGAAACAGUUUUUAUAUGGACACAGUCAUAAAUGCAGGUUUAGUUAUUCAUUGCUUCUAUGAAUGUAACACAUUGGUCAUGAAAUAUUCAUUAUAAACAGUAGAUUCCUCAAACAGAAAUUAAAAGGGAAAUAUAGCUGUUACUUCUGCACAAGAGCACUGAAUUUAUAUUCAUAGUUUUAUUAAAUACACAGUAGUUAUUAAAUAUUUAAUUACAUUAGCAGUUUGUUAUUUGCUAUGUUGAAUGCACAACAGCUGUCAUGUUGUAAUAUGACUUAAUAACUGCAUGAAUACCGAGUAAAUGGU